CGGCCCGUCCGUCCACCCGCGGCUCCCACUGCCCGUGCGUCCUCCGCGGCUGGGCGGCGGGCCCGGUGGCCGAGCUCAUGCAGCCGCGCAGCGAGCGCCCGGCUGGCAGGACGCAGAGCCCGGAGCGCAGCAGCCCUGGGCCUGGGUCCGAGGCGCCUCUGCCGCCGCCGCCGCUGCCGCAGCCACAGCCACCGCCGGCGACCGAGGCGGAGCGUCCCCGGCCCCGGCAGGCCUGGCCCCCGGCCCCCAUGGAGGGCACGAUGCAGUUGCUGACCCGGGAGGGCCACACCGUGUCCCACAACUCCAAGCGGCACUACCACGACGCCUUCGUGGCCAUGAGCCGCAUGCGUCAGCGCGGGCUGCUGUGUGACAUCGUGCUGCACGUGGCCACCAAGGAGAUCCGGGCCCACAAGGUCGUGCUGGCCUCCUGCAGCCCCUACUUCCACGCCAUGUUCACGAACGAGAUGAGCGAGAGUCGGCAGACGCACAUCACCCUGCACGACAUCGACCCUCAGGCCCUGGACCAGCUGGUGCAGUUCGCCUACACGGCCGAGAUCGUGGUGGGGGAAGGCAACGUGCAGACGCUGCUCCCGGCUGCCAGCCUCCUGCAGCUGAACGGGGUCCGCGAUGCCUGCUGCAAGUUCCUGCUGAGCCAGCUCGACCCCUCCAACUGCCUGGGCAUCCGGGGCUUCGCCGACACACACUCCUGCAGCGACCUGCUCAAGGCGGCCCACAGGUACGUGCUGCAGCACUUCGUGGACGUGGCCAAGACCGAGGAGUUCAUGCUGUUGCCGCUGAAGCAGGUGCUGGAACUGGUCUCUAGUGACAGCCUGAACGUGCCUUCCGAGGAGGACGUGUACCGGGCCGUGCUGAGCUGGGUCAAGCACGACGUGGACACGCGGAGGCCGUACGUGCCCCGGCUGAUGAAGUGCGUGCGGCUGCCCCUGCUCAGCCGGGACUUCCUGCUGGGCCACGUGGACGCCGAGAGCCUGGUGCGCCACCACCCCGACUGCAAGGACCUGCUCAUCGAGGCCCUCAAGUUCCACCUGCUGCCCGAGCAGAGGGGCGUUCUGGGCACCAGCCGCACUCGGCCCCGGCGCUGCGAGGGGGCCGGCCCUGUGCUCUUCGCUGUGGGUGGAGGCAGCCUGUUCGCCAUCCACGGGGACUGUGAAGCCUAUGACACGCGCACUGACCGCUGGCACGUGGUAGCCUCCAUGUCCACUCGCCGGGCACGGGUGGGCGUGGCAGCUGUGGGCAACCGGCUCUACGCAGUGGGCGGUUACGACGGCACCUCGGACCUGGCCACCGUCGAGUCCUAUGACCCCGUGGCCAACACCUGGCAGCCUGAGGUGUCUCUGGGCACGAGGCGCAGCUGCCUGGGGGUGGCCGCCCUGCACGGGCUCCUGUAUGCAGCCGGUGGCUACGACGGGGCCUCCUGCCUCAACAGCGCUGAACGUUACGACCCGCUGACGGGAACCUGGACGUCCGUCGCGGCCAUGAGCACCCGAAGACGAUACGUGCGCGUGGCCACGCUGGAUGGGACCCUGUACGCCGUGGGCGGCUAUGACAGCUCAUCACACCUGGCCACCGUGGAGAAGUACGAGCCCCAGGUGAAUGCGUGGACGCCUGUGGCCUCCAUGCUGAGCCGACGCAGCUCGGCGGGGGUGGCCGUGCUGGAGGGGGUCCUCUACGUGGCCGGGGGUAAUGACGGUACAAGCUGCCUCAACUCUGUGGAGAGAUAUAGCCCCAAGGCUGGCUCCUGGGAGAGUGUGGCGCCCAUGAACAUCCGCAGGAGCACCCACGACCUGGUGGCUAUGGAUGGAUGGCUGUAUGCAGUGGGCGGAAACGACGGCAGCUCUAGCCUCAACUCCAUCGAGAAGUACAACCCCAGGACCAACAAGUGGGUGGCCGCCUCCUGCAUGUUCACCAGGCGCAGCAGCGUGGGCGUGGCCGUGCUCGAGCUGCUCAACUUCCCGCCACCCUCGUCACCCACGCUGUCCGUGUCGUCCACCAGCUUAUGACGCGGCCUCGGGGGGCGCCCACUGCCUCCACAUGCCUUAAGCCUGCAGGGUGGCCCCCCGGGACGCUCUGCGCCGUCUGUCCAUGUCUCCGCGUCCACUCGUUCGUGUCUCGUGUGUCCUUUAUUUAUUGACACGUGCGGUUAUUUAUUUCGUCGUCGCCGGACGCCGAGGAGUGCUGAAGCGCCAGGGGAGGGGUCCUGGGUCCCAGGAACCAAGCUGGCAUGGAAGGGGGCAGCGGGCCAGACUGGUGUCGCCAGGGCCCAGCCCUCCUCAGACUGGCCGGGACAGGCUGCCUGCUGGGAAGGAGUCAUGGCUUUCUGCGCUUUGCCCACCUGUCUGUCGCCUUCCCCGGCAGGCGCACACGCACCCCGAGUCCACUUGCAGAACGGUUUCCAACCCUGGCAUCCUCCACCCCCGGGUCCUGUGUCAGUCAGGCGCCUCCGCGUGUCCUGGCCCCACACAGCAUUAUGUGCCAACUCAAUAAAUGUGUUUUGUUGGGCUGUGGGGA